UGCACUUUAAAGAGGAGCGUCAAGUACAAACACUUGCAUAACUAUUCAAGAAGUUGAAUGCAAUAGUAACACGUUGUAUUAAAUAAGAACGUGGAUGUGACAUAAACAAUAAAUACGAUUCCUCUUCUUUUAGAUGUGAUUUUUAUAUUCGUGUUAUUUAUCAGAAUUCUGGCAAUAUGGCUAGUGAUCGCGCGAGUAUGGGUCUCGAUAUGGAUUCAGAUAUUGAACAAGACAACUUACCUAGCAUGGUCAUGCUAGGCAACAUUAGACUCGACCAUCGCUACAAUAAAGACACGACAUUAUAUGUAGAAAGCAGUGGGCAACACACGAAACAGAGCAAAGACAUGAGACUAUCAAGGUUGGAAAUCGAAAUCGAAACUUUUAGCAACAUCAAUAUCAAUGCAACGGACACUCCACUGUUCGAAGAGCUAUUGGAUACGUCCAGUGAAGAGGCGCAAGACGAGAUUGAUGAAGCAGAAAACGUUUUACCACCGAUAAAAGACGACGAGGGCGAUACUCCAAUCCACCUAGCGGUUAUUUGCAACUAUGCCACAUCGCUAAUUAUAGAGUUGUGGAUUAAGUUGUUAGCCACAGUUUAUGACUUAGACAUGCUGAAUCAUCAAAACAACCAACGACAAACGCCCCUGCAUUUGGCAGUGCUUACAAAAUGCUACAGCACAGUUCAGCUACUGGUAGACUUAGAGGCAAACCCAAAACUUCAGGACAGCAAGCUUAGGACAGCAGCUCAUAUUGCAUGUGAAAGAAGCGAUAUAAAAAGCCUCUCAAUAUUGUGCCAUUCCCAAGUCGCGUCACCCUCAGGUUGGCUCGGUAUCUACGACAGCAAUGGACAGACAUGCCUUCACAUUGCUGUACGUAAGGGUGACAGGGAAUUAGUGCAGAUUCUGUUAGACAACGGAGUAGACAUUAACGCCCCCGACAGAAAGAGCGGCCGCACCGCUCUUCACUUCGCCGUGGAGUCCGGUGAUACACACAUGAUCACGUGUUUGCUCCGGAACCCCGGAUUAAGAGUGGAUGCUCAAACCUUUUCAGGAGAAGUACCGUUGCAACUAGCGUACGGAAGAACGGAUAUUCAUAGGAAAGCCAAUGUUAUUGAAGUUCUGAGGCGUAGCUGCAUCACUGAUGACUCAUUUACUUAUUCAGACGACGACGAUGACGGCGAAGAUGACAAUGCUGGUGAUAGUGAUGAAGAGAACGAGUGAAGAAAGGAAACAUCACUCGAAUGAACUUGUAUUCCGUCGCAUCUUCCCGAUACUCUUCAAACAUAUUGUAGAGAAAUGAUGCGAGUUACAGGCCUGUGCGGAACGGCCCGAUAAUUCCCGGUCACGUCCCUUACGCCGUUGUUUGAUAAAGACUUGCACAUCGCUUGACGUAGCUUUGCUAGUAAGCGUUGUCCUGAGUUUUACAGCGAAUCCAACUGAUCUCAUAAGGAUUGUUAAGGACAUUCCUGGUUUGUACCACCACGGACAUGUGGUAUUUAAUGAGGGAAGUUCUCUAUGUUUGUGCACCAAGACUGAAGCAGUGUAAUACUACAUUUAUGUGUAAUAUGUCAAAUAAUUUCACUUAUUGAACUGUUACCUGUAUUAUAUCUUUUCUACUUAACACAUGAAAAUACAGAUGCAUUAAUGCAAUUACAAAUGAAAUUGUGUUUUGGAACAAAGAUACACAUGUACUCUGCUAAACCUAUUGCACUGUAUUCUGACUGUCAAUAGGGCGGUAAAGAUGGAGAUCUUAUUCGCAAUGUGCUUUAUCAUGUAUAUACAUAAUGCACAUUACAUUUAUUUAUUGUUAGUAUUAAUUUCAUAUAAUAUUUUUGAAUUUAAUUUAAUUUCUUAUUGAUUUUAUUGUAUAUGUUUUAAUGGUUGUGUUAAACACAUUUGUUGAUUAUGUUAUUUAUGUUAACAGUCAAAUAUAGACACAAGUUACUCGUAAAA